AACUCCAACUCUGCCAAAAUCAUCUCGUCUCCCCCAGACGUAGCCAUCACGUCACCCCCGGUAUACAGGGAGACCCCCGUGUCCUGCCUCCUCGCCCCCCGGCUUCCUUGCACAGGAUAUCCCCCUCUGUGUCAGUUCCUGCUGCCCUGGCAUAUUGUUCCAGUCUUCUCCCCUCCAUGUCUCCCCCCGCCCAGGCGCCUCCCUCGUCCGCCCGGUGUGCAGUGUAGCAGUCCGGCGCUGAGCCCUCCCUCAUUCCUCCUCUCUGCGGCUAGCGGAUCGUGGUUCCUGCGCUGUACACAGCCAUCUGCACAGCUAGGUCCAGAACGUGCGGUUCAAUGUGGACGUAUUCUGUUUUGAAAGGAAGGCCCAAACAUUGCUAUGAAGGUUUGACUGACUCAGAUUAGCCAUCCAUACGGGUAACGGGAGACGAUACCAUGUAUCAAGGUUUUUUAGUCAUGAGAAAGUUCCUGUUUGUUGGAAUAGUAUUUGCAGCUUUGCUCCAUUUCAUGCUACAUAUAUUUGUCCAAAAGAAAACCAUCUCAACGUCCAUUGUGUCUCCACAAGAACAUUACAGCACACUCAAACCAUCGACCGCAGAAUCUGUGAGAUAUUCCUUAAGGUUACCCACAGACCCAGCCAACGAAUUCAAGUCUUGUUACAAUGAAAAGUUCCACAUCCUCUUGAACCUGUCCGAGAUUGAGCCUUUUCUAUGUGAAAACUACAGGAAACAGUCUGCAAUUCUUGGCAGCAACAGAAUCGAUCUCCCGUAUGGAACCCGGAGAGCAGAAAGAUAUUUUGAUUUGGUCUUCAAGAGGCUUCCAAAGUGCGACCUUCCGGAAGAGAUAAAGAAUAUUUCUUGCAAGAAAUGUGUUGUUGUUGGGAAUGGUGGCGUACUCCGGAACAGCACACUUGGCAAGAAAAUCGACAGCUAUGAUGUAGUAAUACGAAUGAAUGAUGGCCCUGUCCUUGGGUAUGAAGAGGAUGUCGGUCAGAAGACUACGUUCCGUCUUUGUUACCCUGAAUCUAUCUUUGCAGACAGUUUGCACUAUGAUCCUAACACCACAGUGUUGCUCAUGAUGUUCAAGCCUCAUGAUGUCAAGUGGUUGUCAGAAUUACUGUUACAUAGAAGUGUGAGCACUUACGGUUUUUGGAAGAAACCCGCCAUGAAGCUUAUCUACCAACCUCACCAGCUGAGAGUCCUCAACCCCUACAUACUUAAACAAGUGUCUCAAAAUCUAUUGAAUUUUCCAACUAAUUUCCCCAAAACAGAAAAGCCAAAGCAUCCAACAACUGGCAUCAUUGCAAUCACGCUGGCGAUGCAUAUAUGCAAUGAAGUCCAUAUUGCAGGAUUUAAAUACAACCUGACAUCUUUAAAUAGUACUCUCCAUUAUUAUGGAAAUGAGACAAUGUCUGUAAUGGCCCAGAAUGAAUAUCACAAUAUAUCAGCGGAGCAGAUGUUUCUUAAGGACCUUAUUGAAAAAAAAACAGUAACAAAUUUGACGUAAAUAAAGAACUAGACCUGGAAUAUCAUCUAACGCAAGCCAAUCCUUACUGUACAGUAUUCGUAUUUUUAUAUAUUGUGGAAAUUUUUUAAUUUUCUUUUUAAACCAAGGAGGUUUUUGUGAAGAAAAAAAAACUAUGCCCCAGAAGGCGUUUUUGCCUUGUUACCGGUCAGAUCUCAUUUUGCCUUCACAAGAGACGACGAUACAUAUCCUACCUUGAUUAUGAGCAGUGCAUUGAGGAGAAGGCCCUGCCAGGAACUGGAUGAGCCAUUAUGUAAAGUAUAAGACUGCAGCAUUGACUCCUGAACCACUGAAUCUCUAUUCGGAGCACUGGCCCAGAUUAUGAAGCACAAGGAGAUGCAAUGUCUUUAAUUUGGUAUAUGACUGUACUUUGUAAAACAAACAUGUAUUAUAGUUUUUUUGUUUCCUUCACUUGCGUCUUAAGUAAUUAUUGCUUUGGAUAAAUUUUGUUGAAUCCUCUUCAUUUUUGCUUUACUAAGGUGAGUCUAAGUUUGGUCAACUGUCUGCGUUGUAUCUGUUGUACAACUCAUAUGAUGCAAGGUUCUAGGUUGCUUUAGUUUAUUAUGUAUAGUGCAGUGAAAACCUCUGUAUCACUGGCCUGGUAGGUGUGUGGUUGUGCUAGAAACCACUGCACACCUUGCACUCUUAAUUGGGUUUUCCAUGUUUUUUCACCAUGUUGUUGUUUUGAACACUUAAGUAUACAAAAGUAUUUCAAAAGUUUUAAUUGGUCGGGAUCUACGUGUUUAGACCGUGACCAAUUAUUUGAACAAAUGGGAAGAAAAGUGCGGCUGACCGAAACAAUCCCAUGGGCUUACAUUGUAAGUAUUGCUUAGCGCGCUCUUCUCCCAGCUACUUUUAUAAGUCACGGUCUGAACACUCAGACCCCGACCAAUGCAAACUUUUGACAUGUCUCUACAACAUGUCAGACGCUUUUAAAAGUAAAAGUCGGGGUAUUCAGACUGCACUGAUCACUAGAUAUUACUGGGAGAAACGAUAAGUAAUAAGUGUUUCACUCCCUGGCUUGCUGUUCAGUCUGACUUGUUGCAGGAAAUAGGCUCAAUAGAUUUACAAUAGAUCAUGUCUCCAGCAUCAAUAUGGAUCGUCCAGCAAGUUGGGGUGUUAAGCACUCAGCUCAGUGCUGGCCCUUCUCAGCCCGAUUUGGUUUUCAAAAUCUGGAUGAAGAAAAUACUGUAUCUAUUAACUGACAGCAAACCAGUCUGGCAAAUGCAGUUGAAUUGAUACACAAAGUAGAAGUCCACUAUACUCUCUAAGGCUAUGUUCACACACCAGAAUAUCUGCAAUUCCGCACAAAUUCCGUUCAGCAAAGCUUGUUGAAUGGAAUUGCUACCACAUUUCUGCAAAAUUUCUGUGUGCUCAAAACACAGCAUUCCGCCAGAAUUCAAAGCCCCAUUAAGUUCAAUGGUUUCCAUCUGCAAUUCCGUAAACUUUAAAGACAGGUCUUUAAAUUUUGUGUAAUACAGAAAUUCUGCUGUGUGAAUGGGACAGCGAAGUCCCAUUGAACUUAAUGGGCAGUCAUUCUUCUGCGGAAAUCCUCAUGGAAAUUCUGCCGUGUGAAUAUAGCCUGAGCGUGCCAGUAGUGUCUGUCCAUACCCAAUAUAAGAUCGGGCAAUUGGAAAACUACUUUAUUAGUACAAGGGUACUUAAAGGGGUUCUCCAACCGGUGUAAAAAAGUAUAUUAUACUAAUAUAAUGUUAUUAGCCGUACUGUACAGAUCUUCCAUUAUCAGCUGAACUGUCUCCCUUGUAGCUGUGACGUCUUUCCAAAUUCUCUAAAUGCAGUCUGCUCCUGCCCUUGCUCCCCCUCCCCUCCUGUCUUCUGAGGACCAAACUAUUGAUGUGAAGAUUCUGUGGAGAUAAAAAAAAGACAGGACCGACGGACGGCGCCCCGUGUAUUACCCUGGGGCAAGAGAGUGGGGGGCAACCCUGCGGAGCUUAUAGAUGGCUGUUCACCGUGUGACAGUAGUAAAUGCGCAUAUAACCCACAAUCCAAUCGGGGUACUAUUGGUGCGAGCCGCUGCAGAGCCAAAGGGUUGCAGGAGAAGACAAUAUCGUCCUGGAGUGUAGUAGUAGAAGCAAGGCAGGAAAAAACCCUUGAAGUCAGCGCUGCUGACUCUUGUAUUA